ACAAGAAAAUCCUAGAAAACUCAUUGAGAGAAUACCAAUUACAAGAUGAAGAUAGUGAUUGCAGUAGUUUUUACCUUGCUAGCUACAUUGUUCGUCACAAUGGAGCCAGUGCACGCCUUCAAUUGCCAAGAAGCGAAAGUAUCAUGGCUUCCGUGUGUGGGAUACCUCAUUAGUGGUGGAGGCCCUUCAACCACUUGUUGCAAUGCUAUUAAAAGUCUGAAAUCAUCAUUAGGUACAAAAGACGAUCGACUCGCUGCUUGUGAAUGCUUUAAAGAUGCAGUAAGCCUCUUUCCGAACAUAAAUGAAGACCUGCUUGCCUCACUUCCCAAACGAUGUGAUGUUGAGAUAUGCAUUCCCUUAAGCAAGAACAUGAAAUGCAGCAACAUUCCUUUUGGUCAACACAAUGGAGAAAUCCAUGUAAUCAAAGGCAUAUAGACUUUGGUUGCUCUUGUCAGGGAAAAAGUAAUGUAGCCUAUUAUAUGUGGGCAUGUUUAUGAAAUAAAAGUUUGUUUUAUAGAC